AUGGCUGAUGGAAAUAUACAGGCCAAGAAACAGCAACAACCAAGCAAGAAGACAAUCACAAAAAUCUCCAAAGAGGAAGAGCGGCGGCUUUCAAGUACAGUAGCCAAACGGGAGGAAGAGAAGAAGAGAGAGACAAACAAGCUGGUGGUCCUCAAGGAGAAGCGUAGGAUUGCAAUCAACAAUGCAGCCCGGCAAUGGGAAGCAUCGAAAAGUACUGCCAUGGCUAAAACGAUUCACCUCCAGCCAGGCUUCCAUUCCAUGGCCAGGGAGGAGAGGUUAUCAUCACCAGAUAACAUGUACAGCAGGCCUUGGUCUGGAGAUAUGGAAACGUACCAGAGCCAAUCCAUGGAUCUGCCUGAUGAUAAGAGUGGGGAGUUAUCCCGUGCCUCUAUGCAUUCAGAGACAAGGACAUGCAGCAAGGCACCCACGCCUGACCUACUGGCAAACAUAUCUUCUGAGGCCUGUCAUCUUGCAGAACUAGACGGAGAUACUCUAUACCUUUAUGGUCCUGGCUCCAUGGAAGCUCUGGACAAGAGCUGGGGGAUACAGGCUGCAGGAUCUAUCACAACCAUCUCCUUCAAAUUUAUUGACUUUGACGAGAUAACCAAGCAUCUACACAAGAUUAGGAUCAGAUUCCCAAAUGUGUCCACUGUCCUAUUUGGUGAAUGCAACCUAAGCAGCCUUCAACAACUGAAUGCACUGACUUCAGUUCGCCAUCUAGACAGCAUCAACAUUGCUACUGAGGGCAAUCCAAUCACUGCUUUCUCCCUAUGGAAGCCCUACCUUCUCUUCAGACUGUCUCAUCUUGAUAUUAAGAAGAUUAACAACGAGGAGGUGUUUUUAUCGGAUCACAAGCAUGCUGAGGACCUUUUUACCCCCAUCGCCCACAUCACUACGUCUCAGUUGCCCUCCUCUCGCCUUCUUGAAUUGCUAGGCGACCAUUGCAGGAGCAACACUCAAGCCCUCUCUGAACUUGAGCUAAAGGGGAAGAAACAACUUAUGGCUGACCAGAAAACCACUGCAGAAAAUGUAGGCAAGGCAGGCUUGCAGUUUUUCUGUGAAGAAGCAUGGCAUGAUUUAUUGCAGGCGCGGUGUUGUCACUCGACCUUUACUUGUAACUAUGUGAAGGAGCUAGUCUCGGAGGCUAUCCUCAUAAACAAGAAGCAGAGUGUACUGGAGAAGACAUGGCCCCAAGUUUUUGUGCAGAUAAUACACUGUGCUGUUGAGAAGAUGUUUGAUAUAGACAAAUACAGACUGACAGAACUGAAGACUUUCCAGAAAAGAAAAUGAUUCCAGGCGGUCUACUUUUGUUGUGAUUUAUUCUUCAAAAACUUUAUGGGAAGUGGCAAACACCCUGACAUUUAGAAAAAAAGAUAAUACAGUAAUUUGCCAGUAAAAAUGGAAAGCAUGACAACAAAAGUAGACCACACUGGAUUAGUUUUGGAGAACACAUUUUAGGACAAACGGUGUCUGAUUCUCUUUCACUCAAUACAUUCAUUAAUUAAUGGCGAAAAGGAAAAGACGAGAGGCCAAAAAAAGUUUGAGAUUACAUUGCCUCUGAUUUUUCAACAGUCCGUCCAGUAGGCUUCUUUGUCGUUUGAAAAUCGAGAUUUGUUUAAAUAUAUUCUUCAGGAAUUGUUUUUGGGGUCAAUAUUUAUAGCAUUAAACUAUGUGAAAAGACUUGUCUUCCUGAUAAAUAAGUGAAAUUAGUACUUCAUGGGCAACAAUUCUCUAUAAACAUUUUUUUUUCAUCACAUCAAAUGCUAUCAAUUGUUACCUGACAUUUCAAUGUAAAAAUUGUUAUUAUUGUUUUUAAAAAAAGUUUCUAUUUUAAAUUUUCAUAAAGUUGCAUUUUUCCCCCUUUUGUUUUCAUUGUAAAUAAUUUUUUUCAAUUCCCUACACUUUCUUGGAUAUUUCAAUACGUUGCCGUUACAAAAACCUUAACAUUUGUGCAAGUUUCCCCAAAGUAUGGCUGUUGCUAUUGAAAUGGUUACUAUUUUAAUUAAUCAAAUUCCCAUGAAUUGAUAAGAUUAAAGCCUGUAGGAGAGGGUAGAUAAUUACUGCUACAAUUGGUAAUAAAGAAAAAUUACUAUUGUAUUUAUUAUUAAAAGGUGGUAUAUUUAAAUGGAUCUGAUAUACGAAAAUUGUCCUUAAGAUAAAAAAAAUAAAUAUUCAAUAUCUAGUUUACACAUUGUUUAUUCUCGACAAUUGGCUCUGAAAUACCGGUAGCCUUAAAUUGUUGCACAUUAACAGUGAAGUAAUUUCUUAGUGGAAAAUAGUAAAUAAAUAGUCGUAAAAAAA